AGAAUAUGUUCUUAGUGAUCUAAAUGUGUGUAUAAAUAGAUAUCUUCCUCAACUAAAGAAAAUCACAACUCGCACACUACUACUACUACAACUUAAUUAGCUAUAUAUCUCCAAGUUUCUUCAUCUCUCUAAGCUCAACAAAAUGGCUCAACAUGUCCCCCAGAAGCACAUGAUUGAACAGUACGGACCUUAUGGUUCUCAAUGUCCUGAAAACUACAGUUUUCAACUUGAGCAAGGUGAAACUAUCAAGGAAGUGAUAAUAGGGCACGGAUUCAUUGUGGACGCAAUUGGGUUCGUCGUAGCUAAGCCAUGUGGAGGCACUUACACUAAGAUGUUUGGUGGCAGUUGCGGAAAUAAGUCCAAGAUUGUACUCAAGUGUGGUGAGAAAAUAACUCAAAUUAGCGGCACAUACGGAAAUUACUCAUACAUGGGUAACAAAUGUGUCAUUGCAACAAUGAAAAUCCACACUAACUUAUGUCCAACUGGAUAUGGGCCAUUUGGACAAGGAAAGGCAGUCUCUUGUGCACAAAAAUUCGCAUCGCCACUCCCGCUUGACGGUCCUAUCGUUGGAGUGUUUGGAAGAAGCCACAACUAUCUCGAGUCCGUUGGGAUUUUCGUGAAAAAGAUGGAUUGCUCAUGCUCUUAAAUACGAUGUCGAAAUCGUUGGCUAUAUUGAUAUAUCUAGCCUCCAGAUUUCAGCAAAAACUAUAUGUAACAUUUGAAUUUCUUCGUUUCCAAUAAGCCAAUGCUUUGUACAAAAGAACAAAGUGACCUCUCCUCUCAAGCAUGAUUUCUGAUCAUAUAUAAACUUAAGGGAGUGUUAAUUGUAUCGUUUUUCCUAAUUAAUCUAUUACUAUAUAUUAGUGUAUUA